CACUUGAUAUCGUAUGUCGUCGCUUCCUCAGACGAUUUUAUAGGUCUGCCUAGGGGAGACAAACAUCUUCCUGCAUCUCUCCGCCUUCUCCGUCACUCGCCUCUAUCUCAAUAUGGUCACAUUGCCGUCAAUAACUGUCUUCGCACGCCUCGUCUCCGCCCUGCCAGCCCUGGUCUGGCUCAUACUUUGCAACUAUCUGGUCUUCAUACACGACCACUUUCACCAUGAUACAUUUGGUUUGUUUGAAAAUCGCGUCAAGAUCAGGUCCUUGUGGCUCAAGCCAAGGGAACGCGUAUCAGAGACAUUCAUAGACUUCCUUGCUCAUCCUUCCAUCUCGGGUCACUUGCGAAGACUCAUCCUCAACAGUGCAGCAUAUGAUGACCCAUUCACUAAAUGGCAAACGCAGCAAAUGCUGAAGAUUGGCUCUGGCUCACUCUUGGAUCUGCGAUUGGAAAUGGAAUACUACGACCCAUUCGGCGGAACAAAGACAGAGGUGUUUGCUGCAGGUUUAGCUCGGUUAUCUUUCCGUGACCACACCUCAUUGCAGAGACUACGGCUAAAAAUUUACUCAUGUCACGCAAUAUUUCAACCUGAGCACAUUGUGUCAAGUGUUGUGUUCAGUCAAGCCAGACCAACUUCGAGAAAUCGUGAUAGUUUUCACUUGGUUUCCACGUCACGCUGCAGUCAGCGGGGCGAAGGAGGAAUUGAAAAGGUUGUUUCAAAUCUACGAGCCCGCCCAUCACGAAGAAAUGGACAAUCAUUUUUCAUCUGACUCAUGCAGGAUGCUGAACAAAGUAGAAUUUCCACUUCUACGUUUUAGCACUCGUAGAUACGAAAAUAGCAAUGCGGCAAAAGCAGCGG